AAUACCAACGAAGAAGAGGAAGCGGAAGCGGAUGUGUUGUUCGGAGCUGUUUGACGGUGACACCGGUUGUCAGUAGAGGACUGACUGUUAUUGUAAAAGCUGGAAAAAAGGAGAGUUUUGACUGGAAUCUAAUUUAUUUUAGUCCGUAUGUGAGCUGAAAUGUGCGCUCCCACCCAACAAGCUGAGGUUUAAAGCUUAAUUAUUAUUAUUUUAAAAAUGGAGGCGCGCUUCGGGAAGGAAUUGGCGUCUGCGGUGGAAGUCGCUCUCCGAGCGGCCGUGUCUGCGUUCAGGGACGUGUGGGCCAAAGAGGCGCGAAACUCGGACUGGGAUGAGGGAAAGCUGGGGGAGAUCCAGGAGAUCGAGAAGUUCCUGGUCGCUCAGAUCCAGAAGGUGUUCGCGGAGCUGUGGGAGGAAAACGAGGCUCUGCGGGCCAAAGUGGAGCAGCUGGAGGAUGUGCUCCAGAGGAAAGCCGGGCGGCUGGAGCAGGAGCUGGAAGCCAGAGUGGGUCAGCUGGGCAGAGACAUGGAGCUGCUGGAGAAGGAGCUGAAGACCAUCAGCGAGGGCCCCACUAAAACCCAGCAAGAAGAGCCCGAAGAGCCGCAGGAUGGGUCACCGACGGGCGGAUCAGCGCCGGUACUCUCAGACUGCGCGGCGGCUCCAGAAUCGGACCAGAACCACCUGAACCAGACCUCAGAGGGCUCUGAGGUCAUCGCCUCUUCCCCGGAUCCGUCCGUCUCCGUCUCCGCUCCGGCAGCGGCUCACAUGGUGUUUGUCGGCACGCUUCCCUCCGCCGCCGCCGUCCUGCUGGUGGAGGCCGGAGAAGCCGUCGCCCAGACCUUGACGUCUACGUCCGUGGAAACAGAAACAGCCGCGCUGGAGCUGAAAGCUGAAUCCCCUCCUGAGUUCCUGCUGGAGGACGCCACCAGUCCCGCCUCCAUCACCGUCAGCGGUCUGGACUCUGCACAGGAAAAGAUGCCUCGGAGACCUUUAGAGGAGGAACCCUCUGGAAGAACGAGGCGCCCGAGGAGGACGGCGGAUAAAGCCGAAGACGCUUCGUCCAACGACACAAGAGGGGCGACGCCGGUCAAGUCCAGCGAAGUGCAGGGAAGAAGCCUGAGGAGGACGGCGUCGCAGGCGGGGAAGCGCUUCUUCUGCGAGCAUUGUGACACCGGGUUCCACUGGAAGGGCGACCUGAAGAAGCACAUGAAGGUCCAUAAAAGGCCUUUUCCCUGUGAGCAGUGCAGCAAAAGCUUCUCGGAGAGGGAGGCGCUCGAGACUCACCUUCUGAGUCACGAGUCAACCAAGGCCCCGCUGCCGUUCCCCUGUCCUCACUGCAAGAGGUCCUACAGGAAGGAGGAGUCGCUCCAGAACCACCUGGCGUCCCACCGGACGUCCAAGCCGCCGAAGCCGUUCCCCUGCGACCAGUGCAGCAAGUCCUUCCGCGCUCAGCAGUCCCUGGAAAACCACCUCCUGCGCCACGAGAAGUGGAAGCUGCUGUUCAAGUGCCAGCACUGCGAGAAGACGUGCAAGACGGCGGUGCAGCUGCGCUCCCACAUGGCCGUGCACUCGGAGGAGAGGCCGUUCGGCUGCGCCACGUGCGGGAAGGAGUUCAAGAGCAAGGACACCCUGCGCUUCCACCAGAUGGUGCACACCAACGCCAAGAAGUACAAGUGCACCAUGUGCGAGGAGUCCUUCAAGUACGCGCACUCGCUGACCGUGCACAAGCGCAAGCACACCGGCGACAGCCCGUUCGUGUGCGACGUGUGCGGCCGCUCCUACAGGACCGGCACCGCGCUGAAGCGGCACAAGGUGAUCCACACCGGGGAGAAGCCGUUCACCUGCCACAUCUGCGGCGCCAGGUUCAACCUCAACAACAACCUGAAGCGGCACCUGCGCAUCCACACGGGCGAGAAGCCGUUCGCCUGCAAGGACUGCGGCAAGAGCUUCUCCGACAACAACAAGCUCAAGUCCCACAUGCUGGUCCACGGCGCCCGGAAGCCCUUCAUGUGCGACCUGUGCGGGAAGACCUUCCUCUUCAACUGCAGGCUGCAGAUGCACCAGAGGUACGUCCACGCCGACGGGCCCCACGCCUCGGACGGCGUCUUCCACCAGAGCCGGCGGCACAAGUCGCUGGUGAAGCCGUUCAGCUGCAAGACGUGCCUGAAGGGCUUCAGCGCCGCGUGCUCGCUCAAGCUCCACGAGAAGGGCCACAGCGAGCACAAGGAGUUCAACUGCAGCAUCUGCGGCAAGGCCUUCCACAACAAGUACUCCUUCAGCUACCACCAGCGGAGCCACACGGGGGACAGGCCCUUCGUCUGCGACAUCUGCGGCAAGAGCUUCUUCCACGGCGCCAGCCUGAAGCAGCACGAGCGGAUUCACACGGGCGAGAAACCCUACAAGUGCGACCAGUGCGGGAAGGAGUUCAGGACGGACGGGAACUUCUACCGGCACAUGAGGAUCCACACGGGGGUGAAGCCUUUCGAGUGCAGCUACUGUCAGAAGAGGUUCCACCAGUCCAAUCAGCUCAAGUCCCACCUGCAGGUCCACACCGGCCAGAAGCUCUACGCCUGUCAGCAGUGUGGGCGGGGCUUCUCCGACUCGCGGCAGCUCAAGAAGCACAGCUGUGACGGGCCGUAGUGACAAUUUGUGUGGGAUUAAGUUUGAAUUACAGAUUUGCUGUUAGGAUGAUUUAUCUGUCUUUAAAAAAAAAA